UGCGUGUGUUGUGUUGUGUUGUGUUGUGCUUUGUUAGUUCAUCCUCUCACACUCACACUUCAAAUAGACACUUUAUUUUUUAUUUUUUUAUUUACUGUUUCUUCUCUUUUUCUAAUCCUGCUUCAUCUUUCACUUCACUCUUCUCUUUUCCCCUUUUCCCUUUCUUAAUCUUCGUAUGCAUCUAUAUCCAAUUCCGAUUUCACUCUCCAUCCGAUUCAUGUAUUUUCCUGCUGCUUAGGAAGAUUCUAUAAUACGACACGGUUUCUUUCCCUUAGGGUUCUUUUAAAUCAUUUCUCAUGGCCAUCAGAGGCGUGGAUUUCAAGUGGUAUGAUGGCUUUUUUUUGUCCAUGCUCGCCACCAGUGUAGUCAUUGUUGCAAUUAAUUGGAAUCGCUAUCAUUCUUGCACAUAUCCGUUGCACAUAUGGAUUGUGGUCGACUACACUACCGUGUUUGUUUUCCGGCUCUUGAUGUUUGUUGAUAAUGGGCUAGCUGCGGGAAUGGGUUUAGAUUUUGGGUGGCAGCAGAGAUAUGCUCGUUUCUGUGGACGAGUGGUUGUCCUUUCAAUCCUUGUGUUGCUUCUCUAUCCAUUUCUUUGGACUUGGACUGUAAUUGGUACCCUGUGUUUCAGCAGUGCCAAGAAUUGUUUGCCUGAACAGGGUCAAAAAUGGGGCUUUCUCAUCUGGUUACUUUUUAGUUAUUGUGGACUCCUUUGCAUUGCUUGUAUGUCUCUGGGGAAGUGGUUGACACGAAGACAAGCACAUUUAUUGCGUGCCCAACAGGGUAUCCCUGUUUCCGAGUAUGGGGUUCUGGUUGACAUGAUCCGAGUGCCUGAUUGGGCAUUUGAAGCUGCAGGUCAAGAAACAAGGGGCAUGGGCCAAGAUGCUGCUGCAUAUCAUCCAGGACUUUACCUAACUCCAGCUCAGAGAGAAGCAGUUGAAGCUUUAAUUCAGGAACUUCCAAAGUUCAGGUUAAAGGCUGUUCCUACUGAUUGCAGUGAAUGCCCCAUCUGCUUAGAAGAGUUCUAUGUAGGGAAUGAGGUCCGUGGCCUACCUUGUGCGCACAAUUUUCAUGUUGAAUGCAUUGAUGAGUGGCUUAGGCUGAAUGUGAAAUGUCCUCGUUGCCGUUGCUCAGUAUUCCCAAACCUUGAUCUUAGUGCACUGUCCAAUCUCCGUGCUGAGCCUGAACGAUCUUCUGCCAGUGUUGUGACAACAACCAGAUAUGUGAGAGGUCAACCAUCUAGUCAAAGUUACCGGUUAAGAUUGCAGGGUCUUCUGCGCCCAGUCCGAGCUGAAAUUGCAGAGCCAGUGGGUGACACAACUAAUAUGUUGGAAAAUGCUGAGAACGGUGUUGUAUCAAUUGUGACUCAAAAUGCAUCAUCUGAAGACCAUGUCUUUUCUGUCGAAUCCAUGCCUGCCGCUCUCAGUCUUUCUUCUGCACAAAGCUAGGUUAUACUGUUUCUGUAUUUCUAUAAUAUUUCUAACCCAUUCUAGAGAAGGUGAAAAAUGCAUAUCCAUAUCUGGCCCCUAUAAAAAUGGUUCACAUUCUAACAAGAAAUUUUCAUGUUUGAUCCAUAAAGAAUUGGGUCAGUUUCUUGUCGGGGCGUCUCGGAGUUGUAGGACUUGAAAAUCAAAGUAUACCUUUUUGCUUAACUAACAUAGAUUAGAGCUGGCAAAUGUGUAGUUGUCUUUUAUGUUUAAUGAAUUGUAAAGAGUUUAAAAUUCUAAUUAUAUAUUGAAUUCUGCUUUUGCCUUUUUCCA